AUGUUCAGAGUCCAUGAAAGAUACCAUAUGACUACCUUACUACUAUCGAGACUCAUCCUUGCCCUUUUGGGAUUGAUUGGUGUAUCAGGAUUAUUUGAUGGCCUUCCUCAAGACUAUGAAUCCUGGACUGCGGAAGAGAAAUUUGGCUUUUGGGAUGCAGCUCUUGAAGAUGAGCUGCUGGAGAAUGCCGACAAGAGCCCCAGUGAUCAAUCCGGAAACUUCCCGAGUACUGCCGGUAAAGUCGCCUUCUUGACAACCGAUGAUUUCUCGCCGACUUUUGAGCGUUUUCGAGACGAUUUGCCCUAUACUCAUGCCAAAAGGAUUCGAUCCGUCGGAGGUGUUGGACUUGUGACAUGGCAUCCGACGGUGAAUGCAACUGACGAUAAUCCAUUCACUGGGUUCUUCGCGACAGGAGCUCCCUAUGCAUUGAUACGUCUUUCCUAUACUUCUCCCAAUGAUGAUUCGGGCACCACACCUGGACUCUCCCUGAAACUCUUUCGUGAUGGAAUGCCCUCGUCCAACAUGCUCGCAAUGGAAUCUCUCGAAGGACAGACCAGCGGCAACUUUUUCGAGUUUGACUUUUCCAAUCAUUUGAAACCUGCCACUACGGCGCUGCUGCGAUAUGUGGGCCAUCGAUUUAGUCAAUACAGUUGUCCCAGUACUCGCACGGGUCUCAGCGAAGUUGCCCUAUCCACGGAAAGUAUUGCCGGCAUGCAAUACGACGUGCACCGUACCAUACAAACCAUGAACUUUCCAUUCAAAGUCAUUUUUCGACCCAACCCAACCUUGACGCAACAAUUCGCUUCCUAUCCACCCGAGGGAAGUCUGUUUGACAUUCUCACCGCCAUUGAGGUUGGAACCACUUUAUAUGACAUUUAUGCAGUGGCAGACCCAGAGUUGAUGGAUCAAGAGAUCCAUGUAGGUCACUUGGAACUCACUCGCAAACUGCAACCAUCAGUCUUGGGCGACAAGGUUUUGUUCUUUCGGCACCAAAAGAUUGAAGAAGACUAUGCCUUACGUCCGCACUACAAUGCUCAAGACGAGGGCACACCACGUUGUCCCGCAGGGUACCGAUAG